GCUAAUGCUAUCUGGCUUCACGAGCUACCUUUCUUCAGUCUUUCACGUCCCGAGCGACCGGUCGCACAGUCGAGACGACAAACGCACGUUCCGUUCGCCGACGCGAGUAUACUCGCGUGCCUCUUUCUUUCGUUUAUCGCGAAGAGAGUUGACUCGACGCGGAUACACACAAUUCGACGAUGCGUCCGCGAUCGUAGCUCUCGCUAGUGUCAACACGGAGGCGCGGGUCAUUAGGGUGGUGCAGGACCUGCCGAGGAAAGAGAGUAGAAGAAGCGGAGGAGGAGAGGUAUAAUAAUAUGAAGCUCUUCUGCGUGGCGAUUAUCAUCGCAAGUGCAGCAGCGUUUCUUUUGACUAUCGUUGAUGGUACACGUGAUGGUCGGGGCGACAAAGUAUCGAAGCGAGCGAAGCAGCUCGAUCCCGACGAGGACGAUUAUUAUUACGAUGAUCCGGUGGACGAGAGAAACAAUCCGACGAACGAAGCGCCGGCCGUGCCGCCCGGAUUCCUGAGCCCGUCUGUGCGCGCGUACCUCGAUCUCGGUAAAUCGAUACCCGGUCGACCAGGCACGGAUUAUCCGGUGCUGGGGAAGGUGCCCUACACGAAUUUUUACUGCGACGAUCAGUCUUUCCCCGGCUUCUUUGCCGACGUAGAGACGAGAUGCCAGGCGUGGCAUUAUUGCGACAUAGACGGCCGACAGGCAACGUUUCUCUGCCCGAACGGCACGCAAUUCAGCCAAGCGGUAUUCGUCUGCGACUGGUGGUUCAACGUAAGAUGCGAGCUCAGCCCGAAGCUCUACGCCAUCAACAGUCGACUUUACGGUACGCCCACCGAGAGCCCGACCAGACCUCACCGAUUGAUCACGAAGGAGCUUUUGGAGAAUAUCUUCGUGCGUAGGAAAUGAAGUGGCCGAGCCGGCGCCACGCGAUACUUGAAAUAAAGAAAGAAGAAGAGAAGGUACGAGAGGAAAAAGGAGAACCGUCAUUCGAAAUGGAAAAUACUUUCCAUCGCCAUACAGAAAUAUCGCAAAGAGUCGCCAGGAGUCUUUAAUUCACAUAAGAUAUCCUUUUAUCAUUUUUUAACUAAUCGUCGCGGAUCGUGUUACUUCAAGAUUCUCGAUUUGUAUUUCCGAACGAAUCGUAGUCACUCAAUUAUUCCAUUAUACUGCUCGACAAACCAGCGCGAGACUUAUGCCUGGACUCUAUCACGAUUGCGAAAACACUUUCACAGGAAACGUGUACGAGACAUUCGAGAACAUCCGAUGAAUAAUCGACCGCGAGGAAAACACAUCAUUCUGAAGAUCCACUCUGAAUCCGAGAGAUUAUCGAAAGAGAUAAAUCUUUGUCCAAUGAAUAUCGAAGUGAUCGGCGAAGACUUUUCAUUCGUGAGCGAAGACGCGGCGCCGAGGAAACGAGGAGGAUGCUCGUGGAUGCUGAGCACCGCUGUGUCAAUAAGAGAAGAACCGGAGAUGGACUUCCGCUCGCGUUCACCCUUCCGCAUUCGCGUCCCUACGACCUUCAAUACGGUUCUUAAUCGUUGAUGAGAUCCCGUCCGAGACUAUUGUAACUCUCCUCCGUCCUCUUUACGGACGGAUAUCAUCGACGUCUUUCUAUCGCGCGUCUCCUCCGUAGAUAAGAAGCUUCGGAAGUUGAUUGUUAUAACGGAAGUACGACAGCCAUGUGCCAUCGACACAUUUGCGCAAAAAUCAAUCAACCAUUUGUGAUCGAUCAUCAAAAUCGGACUUUCCUCAAGUCGACGAUGCGCGCUUUGACUGUAUUUUCAGUGGCGAUCUUUUGUUGUACGCCAAUCAUGUUUAUCAAUCAAAAAAAAUAGAUCAAUUUCGACAAAAUUUAAUUACGCUUUAAUUUUGAUGUCGUAGUGUUCGUUUUAUUUUCAAAAGUUAAUUUUUAUACGCUAAAUUAUGUCUAUAAAUAGGUAAAUAUCUUCAAAAUAUCUUUAAUAUACUGUUGUAAAUAUAGUACCGAUAAUAAACAUACAAAGCAUCUAACCGAAAAUAUUAUUAACUUAUUAAUUUUAUUGUAUGAAUCGUUGAGCGAUAUGAUAAAUUAUUAAAAAAGGAAUAAAAAUUUGACAUUUCUUUAUAUAUACUUAUUUUUAAAUCACGAUUACUAUUAUAUUUGACGAAAAACUACAAUUUACUUUAUGACUUAUUAUUUCAUCCGACGAUUCAUGACGCAAACAGCGUAAUAUUUAGAGAAAAAUAUAUCCAAAAAUUAUUUAAUUUGAGUAAUCGUUUAAAAAUAUAGAGAAUACAUUGUUUUGCAAAAUAUCGAAUUUUUGCGACAAUAUAAAUUGCUAUCUCUUUCGAACUGCGCCGCAAGAAGAAAUCGUUGCGCGUGUGUGGCAUCGGCGGAUGCAAAAGUAAUGAUGCUGCCCGAAAUCAAGCCGAUGCAAUUGUAUACAUUUUGAUUGUGAUGUUCGAGUGAAGUACGACAACGGCAAAGGAUUGCCGGCAAUAAGUAAUGGCAUGUUGUGCGAUCGCGUGAUAUUGUUGUGGCUCGCGUAGUGCUCUGAAAAGCGCUCUUCACGCGACAAAUUCUCGUCAUGACUAAUAAACGAAUAUAUGCACGACAAGCACAAUCGAAUUGCGAGUUGCGAUUUUUUUUUUAUUUUACAAAAUACAAAAAAAUGAUAAAUAUAACUGUAACUAAUAAUUAUACUGGAGGCAUCUCCCUCGUUUCGAGUUUGAGUUCGUAGUGAUAAUUAAUCGUUGAGAUUGUGAAUGAGCAAGUGUAUGCGUAUAAUUUUGUGUAACGUCACUGUUAUUCGUAUUGUUUUUGUAGCUUUUUGCAAUAGUAUGAACACAUGUGCCUAAUAUCUUCGCGCCUUGUAUAUAAUAGAGAUAAAUCAUAUAUGUCUAUUAAGCCAUUACAGCCAAUCUUGUUCUACAGCGUUAUAAAUUCGUUAAUAAUUUUGUGUAAAAAAAAAAAAUUAAUAUUUAAUCAAUAAUAAAAAAAUUCAAUGUUUUUCAAAAUUCGAAUAAACGCAAUUGGCGAUGAAAAUAUGCGAUUAAAAAAGAUAUGUCAAAACAUA